GUGCCGAGAGCUACAGCAUACGAGAGAAGAUAGAGUAAGUUGUUCCGAAGAUGAAGCCUGAUAGAGUUGCUAGUUGCUUUUGUUCUCUCGGUGGAAGAGGAAGCCGGAAGAUGACUGUGCCGAUGGACAGGUGAGCACAGUUGCCAAUCACGCGCCUGAGCAGGUACCUCACGUAGAGUCAGUGUCUAUCGAAUACUUAGCGUGGACACCUAAGCACAGUCAGCCUCAUGUGUGCAGCCGCUACAGCGUCUGGCGUAUAGUGCGGACUGCGGAAAGAACGGUUCCAUCUUCUUAUUCCUUUGUCCAGUAUGGUCGACGAUACAUCAACCUGAUAGCAGCUGCACAGAGAAGUGAGUCUCACGCUUGUAUUUGCAGGAGAGAUUUCACGGUACUGGAGGAAAAGACAGCAAAAUCGUUCACGUCCCGGGAAGCGGAAGCUUGCAGAAUGGUACAAGCUCAGCGUCAAUUGCUCCGGUCGUUGAGGAGGAGAUGGAUGAUGAGAUUAAAAGGACGAGCUCCAGGAGGAGCAGGAGUACACCUGCUAUCAGGGACGAGUGUCCAGUCAUUACCCGUACUAUGUUUGGCUACCAGAGGUCGGCGACAUCUCUCUGCUGGAGCAGCGACACAGCUGAAGACCGAAAGGACAUCAAGCGAUCAUGACGGGAGCACCGGUCUAGUUGUACCUUCUAGUGUAGAAAAACAACAACAUGGUGAAACAAGUACAACAACACUUGAAGAUGACCAUGAUAUGCCUUAUGACCAUGAUAUGCCUUCACUCCAGGAUGGGCAAAACAAAGAAAGAUCAAUCUUUUCUUCCGGUGGGAGUCCUUUUUUAGGAGUACAGAGCACGCACGAAGCAACAGACGAUGCACCAGAUGAGAGUCCAAGUUGUACGCUCACAGCCCUCCUCAUGGCAUCCCACGAAGAACGAGUGACUCAAGCGCAUGCUGCUCGACUGAGAAGGGCAAACUGCGAAAAAGAGGAGUCUGAGACGCAAAUGCGUGCUUGCAAAUUGAAGGAAAGACUCUGGAAUUUCUGUGCCAGAGGAACGUCGAUGAAACUCCACGUGCGUUUCAUCCGAGUCAGAGAGGAGGAGAACACCAAUCAGAAGUUCAGUUGAGGCUACAAUUUGGCUACUUCAAGCAGUAUGAAUAAGAAUAUUAUAUGAAAGCAGGAUAAUUAUACAUCUUGUUACCGAAUAUCUUCUUGAUCUUCCUUGGCACCCUUUGUUCUUAAGGGAAAAGGUGCACCAAGAACAAGAUGCUCAAUGAGAUGGAUUUUUGCAGCACGCUCUAAUUCAGAUGCACAGUAAAUUUGGGCCACCAACAAGCUGA